CACGUGUGGGUACAGUGCUACAGAAACUGUAACUGCACGCUCUAUUCUUUUCGGCUGCUGUGACACCCACUUAUACAGAUCUUCCGCUAUAAACCGAUUGGCGUGCACAUAGGCCUACUUCCCUUUGGAACUCAAUCUAGGAUACAGAUUUAAUGCUUGAUUUAAUUUAAAGAAAUCGACAUGAUGAGAUGCUGUUAACUUUCAUAAAGCCUGCCAUCAUCAUGCAAAGAAACAUCAGAAAUGUAGAGACAAAAUUAGAAUAAAAAGAUGAAGUGAACAAACUAGACAAUAUUUAUGGCUUAAACAUGUUUUUAAAGAUUAGUAUGUACAGACAGACACUCAUUCAGCUUUGUACAUACAGGUUUGGCUGCUUCAAAACCCCUGUGUGGAUCACAGGAGUAGUAAACCCUUCAGUUUGGACCAGCCCUACAUACAAUCUACAGUUUAACAGGACUCUAUCUCAUGCAAAGAAAUCAGCCUUACAAGGUACUAUCUACAACUUAAAGGCACCAGAACAUAUGCUCAAACUUGUAGAAAAACUCUGUACUGAAGGUCAGCCCAUUGAUGUUCCUUUUCUGAGAUCUUCUUUGAAGGAAAAAGGACUAUAUCAUGAAGAAUUUUUUCCAUAUUUUACAUUGAGUGUGGCUGAUAGAACAAACCAAACCCAGGAGUCUAUAGAAACAAUGGUGCAGGAUCUGGCCAGCACACAGUUUGGUAUCCCAGAACUUUCCAUUCUGAUAAAAAUCUAUGGAAAUCAUGGAUUAGAAAAUCUUGUGUUGUCCACAUAUGACCGCAUGUGUGAAAUGUCGGAUGGAGCUUUUGAUCUAGAAACUUUAAAAGCAGUAAUCUCUGCUCUCUCCAGCACCAGUAAGUGGAGGAAGUGCUUCAGGCUGUUGGAUUUGGGUCUGAUCAUAAAUCCAGAAUCUCAUAUAAGUUUGAUCAACGUCCUGGCAGCAGCAGCCCGAGAAGGAGAUAUUCAUACAUUCUGUGACCUUUUAGUUAAGAUGGAUAAUGUCAUAAAUUCAACUGGGAUUAGCUCCGUAGCUCAAAAUUUGCCAAUACUUUUUACUGAAAAGGCGGUUCAGUCAUACUUGUCAUCAGUGGACAGAGGUGUGGAACAUUUCACAUUUGAAAACUUGUUCUAUUUAAUGAGAAAGUACAAGUGUUGUUUCAAAGAAAUGUCAAUUCCAUCAGUUAUUACCCAACUGGAAAGGUCUGGCUAUUUGGCUCAUAUAGCAGAUCUGUACAAUGACAAGGAUGAUGUUACUGUUUGGAGUUAUCAGCGACCAAAUUGUGUCGUUUGCAACUCGCCUUUGAACAGACACGAGCUAACCAUUGAGGAGUUUGAAGAGCUGAGAAAAGCUUACUUCACUUUGAAGGGUGUCAAUGUAUAUCUCAAGAGCAAAACUUCAAAUGUGCCGCUACUGAGAAAUCUCAUCCAACAGAAGGGUCCAUUUGAUGUGGUCAUUGAUCAUCUUAAUACAUGUAUUUUUGGCGGUAAAAGAGACACAGAAGCGAGUUUAUCUAUUAUAAAACAACUUUCAAGAAGAGGACUAAGCUGUCUUGUAGUUACAAGGAAAGAUUAUUUCAGAAGUGUUCCAAUGGACUUGAAGACAGAACUUAGCGAACAUGCUACAAUAUUUGUUUCUGGAACAGUCUACGUAGAUGAUUUGAACAUAUUAGAUGCCGUUUUUCACUGUGGAUUCAACACUAAGGUGCUAAGCAAUGACAAGUUUUCUGAUCAUUCAUGCCAACUUGGGAGCAAAAUGCAGCUGGCUUUUCAGAGGUGGCAAAGUUGCAGACAGAUCACCAUAUUGGGUAGAUCCAAAUUAAUUUUUCCUGAAAGUCCAGAUAUGCUUGUACAGGAAUCUGAAGAUGGAUGGCACAUCCCGUAUGGACCAACUACCUCUGGUCUUCUGGACAAGAAAGUGUUAUGUGUGAGGAGAAAUAGUUAUGAAAUAUAGAAGGAAACUUAAUAUUGUCCCGUUUGGACCAUUGAUCCAGUUACAUUUGUUUUGUGGGUUAAAAAAAAGUCAUUUGUGAGGGGGAAAUAGGUAAACUUUCAAAAAUCUAAAGCUUGAAGGAACUUUUUUGCAAAAUUAUGACAAAGAACAUUGAAGACGGAGUUUGUAUAAAGAGUAUUUUAUUUAACCAUCAGUUGUAUAACAUUAACCUUCGUAUACACUACUUCCCCUGAAUUACAGCAUUCAGACCAUCUCUGGUGUGUCAGCUAUAUUCUGUUAGGUAAAUUUAUAGUACAAGUGUACUUGCAUAUUAAUGAACAAUACAAGUUUUAUGCUUCCAUUAUGUUCACACAUUCUGCACGGUUUUUAAGCAUAGAAAACGUUAAGUGAAACAAAAAAAAAAUGUUACUAAACUCAUUCAUCCCUACAUAUAUCUAAACUAGACUUGUCCAGUCUUUGAUUUAGUAAGGUGGAAAAGUGACUAGUGGUGAAUGGGUUAAGAGUGGACAUCAGUUAAGAAAAUGAUUAAUGAAAAAAAAAA